AUGGCGGAGGUGGUGGAGGAGGAGGCGGAGGAGGACAUGAUCAUCAUCACGGAGGUGGUGGUGGAGGUGGACAUGAUCAUCAUCACGGAGGUGGAGGUGGAUAUGGAGGCGGUGGUGGAUAUGGAGGCGGUGGAGGCCAUGGAGGCGGUGGUCACGGAGGCGGUCAUGGAGUUGAAGUUAUACAAUUACAUGGAGGUGAUCCAUUGCCUAGUGGUGGCGGAGGAGGUUAUGGAGGUGAGUGAUAGAAAAAGUGGCUUUGGAGGCGGUGGAGGAUUUGGAGGAGGCCACGAUGAUCACCAUGGCGGCGGAGGAGGUUUAGGAGGUGGAUUUGGAGGUGGUUUUGGAGCAGGUCAUGAUGAUCAUCACGGAGGCGGCGGAUAUGGAGGAGGAGGUGGAUUUGGAGGUGGAUCAGGCUUCGGAGGUGGUGGCCAUCAUGACCACCAUGGAGGCGACAAUGGAGGCUAUGGCGGAGGAGGUGGAUUUGGAGGAGGAUUUGGUGGAGGACAUGAUGACCACCACGGAGGAGGCGGAGGAGGUUAUGGCGGAGUAGGCGGAUUUGGAGGCGGCGGAGGAUUCGGUGGUGGAUAUGAUCACCACGGAGGAGGUGGAGGAGGUUAUGGCAUAGGAGGCGGAUUUGGCGGAAGUGGAGGUGGACAUGAUGAUCAUCACGGAGGAGGUGGAGGAGGUUAUGGCGGAGGAGGCGGAUUUGGAGGCGGCGGAGGAUUCGGUGGUGGAUAUGAUGAUCACCACGGAGGAGGUGGAGGAGGUUAUGGCAUUGGAGGCGGAUUUGGCGGAAGCGGAGGUGGACAUGAUCAUCAUGGAGGUAAUGGAGGCGGUUAUGGAGGAGGUGGUCACCACGGUGGAGGCGGAGGUGGGGUAGGAUUUGUUGGAGUGAUACACGAUCACCUUGAUGGAGGUGGUGGUGGCUUUGGAGGUGGUUAUGGAGGUGGUUAUGGAGGUGGUCAUGGAGGAGGUGGCCAUGGAGGAGGUGGCCAUGGAGGAGGUGGCCAUGGAGGAGGUGGCCAUGGAAGUGGUGGCCACGGGGACAGUCAUGGAGGACAUCCUGGAUACCCGUAG